AUGGCCGUCAAAUUUGUCUUCUUCUUCUUUUUAGCCCUUCUGGCACUAAACUCCAACGCUUCCGAUCUCUGCGCCGCCGGAUCGGACGGCUCCGGUGAUCUCUCCGUCAUCCCCAUUUACGGAAAAUGCUCGCCGUUCACGGCGCCGAAGUCAGAAUCUUGGGUGAACACGGUGAUUGAUAUGGCUUCGAAGGAUCCAGCCCGAAUUAAGUACUUGUCGAGCCUCGCCGCACAGAAGACGGUGGCGGCGCCGAUCGCCUCCGGGCAACAUGCUCUCAAUAUUGGGAAUUAUGUGGUGAGAGUUCAAUUGGGUACUCCGGGUCAAGCUAUGUAUAUGGUUCUUGACACUAGUAGCGACGCCGCCUGGGCACCGUGCUCCGGCUGCUCCGGCUGCUCCGCCACCACUUUCUUGGCUAAAAAUUCCUCCACUUUUGCCACUUUGGAUUGCUCCAAACCGCAAUGUAGCCAGGCUCGGGGUCUUUCCUGUCCGACAACCGGUAGCGUCGAUUGCUUAUUCAACCAAACAUACGGCGGCGACUCAUCCUUUUCCGCCACCCUGGUUCAAGACACUCUCCACUUGGGAUCCGACGUCAUUCCAAAUUUCUCAUUCGGUUGCAUCAGCUCCGCCUCCGGCAGCUCUAUUCCGCCGCAAGGUCUAUUGGGUCUCGGCCGUGGUCCCCUCUCACUCAUCUCACAAUCCACUUCACUCUACUCCGGUUUAUUCUCGUACUGUCUCCCGAGUUUCAAAUCCUACUACUUCUCCGGUUCACUAAAACUCGGCCCGGUCGGCCAACCUAAGUCAAUCCGAACCACCCCACUCCUUAAGAACCCGCACAGACCGUCUCUCUACUACGUCAACCUAACAGGCAUCAGUGUCGGUCGGGUUCUUGUCCCAAUUCCACCAGAGACUCUCGCAUUCGACCCGAACACUGGUGCGGGAACCAUCAUCGACUCGGGGACGGUAAUAACCCGGUUCGUAGACCCGGUCUACACAGCGGUUCGAGACGAAUUUAGAAAGCAAGUGGGCGGUUCGUUUUCGCCAUUGGGAGCUUUCGACACGUGUUUUACAACAAGCAAUGAAAUGGCGGCGCCCGGCAUUACGUUCCAUUUGAGUGGAUUGGACUUGAAAUUGCCGAUGGAGAACAGUUUGAUUCACAGCAGCGCCGGUUCGUUGGCUUGUUUGGCGAUGGCGGCGGCGCCCAACAAUGUGAACUCCGUGUUGAAUGUGAUCGCCAAUUUGCAGCAACAAAAUCAUCGGAUUUUGUUUGAUAUUGCAAAUUCUAAGCUGGGGAUUGCUCGUGAGCUCUGUAAUUAGCUCAAUCACUAACAAUGGAAGCUAUGAAUAAUUUGGAAAAUGUAUCGUUUCUUUUAAUUUAAUGUCCAAUCCAAUGUACGGUUAAAGUGGGUUUUAAAGAUAGUGGCUUUUAGUAUCCAUUUUAA